AUGAAUCUGGCAGAAUUUCAGCAGAAGCGGCCUGGGCCCGCAGGCGGGCCCGGGGCGAAUUGGAUGCAGGUUAUCCAGCGUCCAGGCCACCUGAGCGGCGGCCUGGGCGGCGCCCUGGGAAGCAGCCGCAGCGGCACGGGCGACGAAGACGAGCCGACCACCUCUACCAGCGACGAGCCGCUGCCGGUGGAGCUGAAGCGCUUCCUGGCCACGGGCAGCGGGGUCAAGUGGCUGGUCGACACGGUCAAAGACUGGCCUGACCUGUUUGUCGACGCCAAGGAGCGGCUGGAGGACACCCUAGAAGACACCAGCAAGCACAUCAGCGCCGCGCCCCGCCACCUCAACUCCUUUGUGGUGCGGGAGUACAAGAAGCUCGUUCGCAGCGAGAUGGGCAAGCGGCUGAUCAGCAGGACGCACGGCGCCGACGCGGCGAUCGCGGACCCGCUGUCAGUCCCGCUGUACGUGGUGGAGGACAUUGUCCGGCUGAGGGUGCACCAGCUCAUCAACCGCAACUGGCGGCCCCUUGUUUGGCGCCUCUGCUCCCGUGCCACGCUGAUGUGCGGCCUCAUCAACCUCCUCAAGGCGGGCGCCAAGCGGCUGGCGCGCGGCAGGCCCAGGGCCGAGCGGAUCGUGGCUUACGUUUGCGACACCCUGCUGCCUACGGAGUUCUACGGGCCUGUGCUCGGGAUCACCAUGGUCGUCACACAGUCGGUGAACGAGCUCCUGGGGAAAGGAUGA